CGUUGGUCCAUUUAACAUCGCCUGAUUGCUCAUUCAACGCCUGGCCAAGGAAAAGAAACUGAAGAAAGGAAGAUGGCUCCAUCCCCUCACCAAAUCCUCAGCGCUGCGUGCUGACCCGCGGCGUUUCCGCCAUUCCAUAAGUAAAGCCACCCCCGUCCUAGGCGGCUGGCUAUCUCUCUCCUUCUCCCUCUCUCCAGCACGCCUCGUUUACUAGCAAAUUAAGCUGCAGGGCGCCAUGCACUUCGCCGCUGGCCGGCGCAAGUCGUCGCUCGUGGGCGCGGGCGCGGGCGCCGGGGCCGGCGGGACGACGCUCGACCCGUUCGGCGCGAAGCACGCGUCGUCGUCGCCGCUGCGCAAGGGCGGGCGGCUGCCGGUGUACGUGGCGGGCGUCUUCUUCGUCAUCUUCGUCAUCAUCAUGUACGGCGAGGACAUCCGGUCGGUCACGCUCGCGCGCGCCGGGCCUUCCUCGCCGCUCGUCUCGGGUGGCCACCGCGCCGCUACCCCGCGGCGCGAGGCGAUCUCUCUUCCGGACCAGAAGGUCCCUGCCGCGUCAACAACGACGUCGUCGUUGCCCCGCGACGUCCACGAGAAACAACCCAAGCACACGGUGACGACGACGGCGGCCGCGGCACAGCAGGAGGCGCCGCCCCGGAACAAGGUCGCCGCGGAUAGCGGCAAGAUCAAGAAGCCGAAGAAAGCAAGUAAGAAGCCGAGGAAGCAGCGCACGGCGAAGAAGACGGUGGUGGCCGCCGCCGGCGGCGCGCUCGGCGUGCCGGAGACGUGCGACCUGUCCAAGGGCGAGUGGGUGUUCGACAACGCGAGCUACCCGCUGUACCGGGAGGAGGAGUGCACGUUCCUCACGUCGCAGGUCACUUGCAUGAAGAACGGCCGCCGCGACGACACCUACCAGAAGUGGCGGUGGCAGCCCAACGACUGCUCCAUGCCCAGGUUUGACGCGAAGCUGUUCAUGGAGAGGCUCCGGGGGAAGCGGUUCAUGUUCGUGGGGGACUCGCUGAACCGGAACCAGUGGGAGUCGAUGGUGUGCCUGGUGCAGUCGGCGGUGUCGCCGGACAAGAAGUACGUCACAUGGGAAGACCAGCGGGUCGUCUUCCACGCCUGGGAGUUCAACGCGACGGUGGAGUUCUACUGGGCGCCGUUCCUGGUGGAAUCCAACUCCGACGACCCCAAGAUCCACAGCAUCCAGCACCGGAUCAUCGACGCGGAGUCGAUCGCGGCGCACGCCGAGAACUGGCGCAGCGCCGACUACCUCGUCUUCAACACCUACAUCUGGUGGAUGAACACCCUCAACAUGAAACUCAAGAGACCGGGCGGGGAGAACUGGGAAGACCAUGACGAGCUCGUGAGGAUCGAGGCGUACCGGAAGGUUCUUAACACCUGGGCGAGCUGGGUGGACGAGAACAUCGACCCGGCGCGCACGUCCGUCUUCUUCAUGAGCAUGUCCCCUCUUCACAUCAGCCCGCAGGUUUGGGGGAACCCGGACGGGAUCCGGUGCGCAAAGGAGACGAUGCCGCUGCUCAACUGGCGCGGGCCGAUCUGGCUGGGCACGGACUGGGACAUGUUCAAGGUGGCGUCCAACGUGACCGGCGCGGCGGCGCCACGGGUGCCCAUCACGUUCGUGGACAUCACCACCAUGUCGGAGCGGCGCAAGGACGGGCACACCUCCGUGCACACCAUCCGGCAGGGCCAGGUGCUCACGCCGGAGCAGCAGGCCGACCCGGGCACCUACGCAGACUGCAUCCACUGGUGCCUCCCCGGCGUGCCCGACAUCUGGAAUAGCCUGCUCUACACCAGGAUAAUGUCCAGGCCAGAGACGGGGAUAGCGACGACGAGAUAGAUAUAAAGCUUCUUCAGAAUUCGAUGGAUCCCCGUAGCUGGUGUUUACAGUACAUCGCGCCGAAAAGAUAAUUUUUUUUUCUUUUACAUUCUUUUCUUGGGGGCACUUUUACUUGUCAAAAGAUGCCUUUGAUCGAUUUUUCUCAGGGUAGGUUAAGUGGAAAGGGAUAUAUAUAUAUGGCUCAUGGAUGGCCAUGUGCAUGCACAUAUGCGCUGUGAGGUUCCUGCUCAAAUUGUACAUUGGGGGCAAAAUUUAAAGUGAAAGGAUGAACGAAUUGUACAUUAGGAGCAAAAUUUGAAGUGAAAGAUAUGGACAGAUAUCUGUUGUUUAGA